AAUCAUGAUUAGGGCCCAAGAAAGUCGUAAAAUUCGAGAGAGAAAUGGAAACUAAUCAAAAUUCUACUAAAAAAAGGGUCUGAACAUUAAGGAAACGAAAUAUGAGAGAGUUGAGAGGAGCGUCUCUCAGCUCUGGAAGAUAAACUACAAGAGAGAGCGCGAUGUGAAAUUUGCUUGAGCCGACCUGAUUAGCAAGCAAAUCUCAGGGUCUUCUGGUGCUUUUUCUUUUUUUUAUUCUCUGCUUUCUCAGAUAAUUGUCUAUUGCUGGCAUUCUAUCUAGGACAAUUCCACACCCAGUCAGCUGAUUCAAGCUCUAGUCAGUUAUUUGGACCUAUUGAGGUUCCUUAUUAAGGAUCUGAAAUACUUAUCUGCACUUGAAGAAGGUUCUCUGCAAGUUCUCUGUAGUUUGUGCUGAUAUUUCACUGGGUCGAUAUUCAUGGCAUCUCAAAUUGGGUGUUUAUCCCCCAGAAGUUGAAGUAAAUGGAGCGAAAUCUGGGAAAGGGUACGGUGGACCAACGGAAGAACUAUGAACAAAUUUACACCAGUGGUGAAACUAGAAAUGAGGGACUUGGGUCUGCAAACCAAAGAUUUUUCCCCGAUCUGUCGAGUAAUAUCAACACCAACUUGCGACCUCCUGAUUACAAUAUGUCGGUUGGAGCAAGACCUGUGCUGAAUUUCUCCAUUCAAACUGGUGAGGAGUUUGCUCUUGAAUUUAUGCGGGAAAGGGUGAAUCCUAGGCAGCAGUUUGUUCCAAGUACUUAUGGUGUGCUGGGAAUGAGCCACACGGGUUCAGAAAGUGGGUCUGAAAAUGUAAUACUCAGUUCAGUAGAAAAUGCUCACAUUCAGGGUUUUGAGAGAAAGGGACCUUCCUCACACGAGGACAAAAGUUAUUAUGAUUCAUUGCAGUCAGUGCCCCGAACCUCGUCAAGGAAUGACAUUAGUCAAGGAUUUCAUGGUUAUGCCUCUUCAGGGGCCCCUGAUAGCUCAUCAACAAAGGUGAAGUUCCUCUGCAGCUUUGGCGGGAAGAUUUUGCCUCGUCCCAGCGAUGGAAAGCUUAGAUAUGUCGGUGGAGAGACACGCAUUAUCCAGAUUAGGAAGGAUAUUUCUUGGCAAGAUCUUGUGCAGAAAAUGUUGACUAUUUACAACCAAACUAAUUCAAUAAAAUAUCAGCUUCCUGGUGAGGAUCUUGAUGCAUUAGUGUCCGUAUCUUCUGAUGAGGACCUGCAAAACAUGAUGGAAGAAUGUAAUGAUGGCCUGCAAGAUGGGGGAUCAAAGAAGCUAAGGGUGUUCCUGUUUUGUAAUGGUGAUUUGGAGGAUGCUGAGUUUGGUCUCGGAAACACUGAGGGUGAUUCUGAGAUUCAGUAUGUUGUUGCUGUGAAUGGAAUGGAUCUAGGUUUGAGAAAUAACUCAAUUGCUUUGGCAAGUGCUUCAGGAAACAACUUGGAUGAGUUACUCAGCCUAAAUGUUGAAAGGGGGAGUGGUCGAGCUGCCCCAGAAUUAGCUGCUGCCAGCACUGCACAUUUGGCAGUUGAUACACCUUUGUCGACUGGUCAGUCUUCUCAGCCUCUGCUACCAAGCUCAUCUAGUGCUUACGAAUCCAAUUCAUAUCCUUAUCAGGGACAAAGGAAUCAUCAUGGAGAAGCUGGACAGCAUUCUUUCUCUCCUUUCCAGCCUUUGGAGAGCUUCCCUAAGAAAGAUGAAAAGAGUACUGUUUCCUUGUCAGUUGCAUUACAAUAUGGUUAUGGUUCUGAUCAUUCUAACCAUGCCACUGCUGGAGAGAAUUUAGCUCCAAUACCUGUCCAUAGCCAUCUGACUCAGCAGGGAGGUUUGACUGGGCAGCUGUAUGGUUUUCAUUUACAAGAUCCUGAAGUAUCUGGAAAAGAGAUGAAGCUGAAAAGAGAUAGCUCAGCCCAUAAGCUAAAUGAACCUGAUAAAACUCAAUUGCAGGAGAAGGAAGCAUCAUCAAAGGAGGCAAAAAUGAGUAGGGAAAGCUCACUCCAAAAAAUAAAUGAAACAAACAAAGAUAAAAUUUUUGACCAUGAUUAUGCUGUUUCUUCUUAUCCACGUGAUUUUUCUGUUCUGAGUCAUAUUUCUGGCGAAGAAGUGUUGGUUACCAAUUCGGCUGCAGACACAGGAUCAUCCUUGGUGUCUAUGAAAAGCAAUAAAAAGCUCCAGGAACCCAUACUGAAUAAAAUGUCAGCUGAAGGUUUAAAUGAUGGGACAAAGAAUAACAAAGAUGUCCAUUUUUAUGCAUCUGGUGGACAAAUCACUCUGGGAUAUGGUGGCUCUGAGGCUUAUCAAACUGACUUUAGCUACCUUGAAGCACCGCUGGUUCCUCCACCGGUUUUUCAUUCUGAGCCAAUUCCCAGGGAGCUGUCAGAAUUGAACCGCUUGUCCAAGUCUGAUGAUUCUUUAGGUUCUCAGUUUCUGAUAACUCAAGCACUUUCUGAUCAUUCUCAGCCAAUUACUGAAUCAGUUGAUAAGUUGCAUGAUGGACAUGUGGCUUUUCAGAAUGAGUAUUCCAACUCAUCUUCACAACCUCUGUUUACAGAUACUCAGAAUGUUGAAGAUGAACUGGUGAAGCUUGAAAAGUAUAUCAAUGACAUACACUUUAAUAUUUCUGAGGAUAAGCUUGAGUCAAAGUUACAGAAAUCUAAUUUGAGACAUAUGCAGAUUAAUCCUGAGGAUGAACGCGGAAUGGCCUGGAUAAAAGAAAACUACAAAGAUCACUCUAUAAACAGUAAAGAAGAUGAUAACUUGAAUAAUCUAAUGUUAAGUCAAGGUACAUUUGACAAGCACAUGGAAGGUUCUGCUUUAAGGCCACAAGAAUUUGAAUGGAGUGAGAUGGCUACCAGUAAGAACAGUGGGAAUAACGGUAUGGCCAAUGCAGAGCCCUUGGCUUGGGCUGAGAAGCCAGCUAGAGGCGUUCCUCAAGGUGAGGCCCCUGUUGUUGGUAAUCCGGAGCAGGGAGAUAUUCUUAUUGAUAUAAAUGAUCGCUUUCCUCAUGAUUUCCUGUCUGAUAUAUUCUCAAAGGCGAGAAUAUCGCAGAACCUCUCUGGUAUGGGCCCGCUACCUAGUGACGGAACUGGCUUGAGCUUGAACAUGGAGAAUCAUGAGCCCAAGCACUGGUCAUAUUUUCGAAAGUUGGCCCAGGAUGAGUUUGUCAGAAAAGAUAUUUCCCUUAUGGAUCAGGAUCAUUUAGGUUUCUUGUCCUCACUCACAAACGAGGAAGGGGCUCCUAUAGAUUACAGCUAUCCACCAAUGAAGUCUGACGGGGUGGCAGCUCUAGAUCAAAAUGACUCCCAAAUCCAUUUGGAUGAAGAAUUUCAACUAGGGUCAUCUGGUGUUAUCGGACCCAACACCAUGAAUUUGCAACCAGAUUACAGUCCUGAGCUCAAGGGAAAUGGAAGUGCGCAGUUGGAUGGGGUUAUCCCCAGAAUGCCAGAAUCGGAUUAUGAGGAUGGGAAGUUGGAUAUUCAGAAUGCCGGUACACCUCUUGCUGAUCUUUCUCUGGCAGAUUUUGAUAUUAACACCUUGCAGAUCAUUAAGAAUGAAGAUCUUGAAGAGCUAAGGGAAUUGGGUUCUGGCAGUUUUGGGACAGUUUAUCAUGGAAAAUGGAGAGGAUCAGAUGUUGCCAUUAAGCGAAUAAAAAAAAUCUGUUUCACGGGUCGCUCAUCGGAGCAGGAAAGAUUGACCACGGAGUUCUGGCGUGAAGCUGAAAUUCUUUCAAAGCUUCACCAUCCUAAUGUGGUGGCAUUUUAUGGGGUGGUUCAAGAUGGGCCUGGAGGAACACUAGCCACUGUGACUGAGUUCAUGGUGAAUGGCUCUCUUAGACAUGUUUUGCUAAGCAAGGAUAGGCAACUCGACCAUCGCAAGCGACUCAUUAUUGCAAUGGAUGCUGCUUUUGGAAUGGAAUAUUUGCAUUCCAAAAAUAUUGUUCAUUUUGAUUUGAAGUGUGACAACUUGCUUGUCAACUUGAAAGAUCCUUUAAGACCUAUUUGCAAGGUAGGGGAUUUUGGCUUGUCAAAAAUUAAAAGAAAUACCUUGGUGACUGGUGGUGUAAGGGGAACCCUUCCAUGGAUGGCUCCAGAGCUAUUGAAUGGGAGCAGUAGUAUGGUUUCUGAAAAGGUUGAUGUGUUCUCGUUUGGAAUUGUCCUUUGGGAGAUUCUCACCUGUGAGGAGCCUUAUGCCAAUAUGCACUACGGAGCAAUCAUAGGAGGCAUAGUGAACAACACGUUAAGACCACCCGUGCCAAGCUUCUGCGAUCCUGAAUGGCAACUUCUAAUGGAGCAGUGUUGGGCCCCUGACCCAGUGGCCCGCCCAUCGUUCACAGAGAUUGCUCGACGGUUACGUGUGAUGUCAACAGCAUGCCAAACUAAGCCACUGGGUGGUCAUCAGCCGCAGAACCAGGUGCCCAAGUGAUGUCACCUGAUAAUUCCGUCCCGCAGUUUUGGCUUUUAUCACGAAUAGUGAUGAUGAGAUACGUUUACCUUUAUAUUCCUCGUAAAAUUUGUGUAUAAUAUGAGUGGGGGGAGAUGGGGCUCCCAUUUAGUGGUUGAAAUUAUAGGUCGGUUUUUUUUAUUACCAUUGCUGGUUAAGAGAAAACGGAAGAUAAGACAGUUCAUAUGUAAAGCUUUUUAUUUGUAUCCACAGUAAACAGACUUGCUUCUGGUACUUUGUGUGAAUAACAAAUACCAAUUUGCCCUUGUGGUGGGAAGUUGGUGUUUGAUUCA